CUCAGCCGCCAGCCGGCUCCCCGCGUCCGCCCGCCCAUGCCGGUGUGGUGCUGCCGCUGCUCCUUGGCCCGCCACUUCAGAAAUUACAGUGGCUCUGAAAGUGAAGGACAACUUUUGAGCUCCUUAGUGCAGCAUUUUGGUGACAACCUUGGGAGGAAAGACAAAAGAAUGCCCUUACUAGAAGAAACCACUCUGACUGGGGACCCGCUCCUGACUCUGCCAAUAGUAAUAAUAGGGAAUGGACCUUCAGGAAUUUGCCUUUCUUACAUGCUGUCUGGGUAUAGGCCAUACUUGUCUCCUGAAGCUGUACAUCCAAAUCCCAUUUUGCAUAGUAAAUUAGAAGAAGCGAGACAUCUCUCUAUUGUUGACCAAGAUUUAGAAUACUUGUCUGAAGGUCUUGAAGGACGGUCUUCCAAUCCAGUUGCAGUACUUUUUGAUACACUGCUUCAUCCAGAUGCUGACUUUGGCUAUGAUUACCCACCUGUUCUGCACUGGAAGCUAGAACAGCAUCAUUAUAUCCCACAUAUAGUGCUUGGCAAAGGACCACCUGGUGGAGCUUGGCAUACUAUGGAAGAUUCUAUGUUGACAAUCAGUUUUGGAGACUGGAUGGAGUUACCAGGACUGAAGUUUAAGGAUUGGGCAGCUAGUAAACGCAGAAGUAUAAAGAGCAACAGAGUUAUGCCAGAGGAAAUAGCUUGUUAUUAUAAACAGUAUGUUAAAGUCAUGGGCCUCCAGAAGAACUUCAGAGACAAUGCUUACAUAACAUCUGUUUCAAGACUUUACCGAGAACAGGCUGACAAAGAUGAAAGCCAAGUGAGUGAAGAUAUUUCAGCACAGCAUUUGCAAAUGGCAAAGGAAGAUGUACAGACAUCACUGAUCAAGAGAAACUGGGAAGUCAGAGGUUAUCAGAGAACAGCAGAUGGCUCUCAGGUGCCCUUCUGCCUCUUUGCUGAGAAUGUGGCUCUUGCGACUGGAACUUUUGAUUCUCCUGGCCGACUACAGGUUGAAGGAGAAGAAUUUCCCUUUGUGUUUCAUUCCAUGUCUGACUUUGGAGCUGCCAUCAGCAAAGGAAAACUACGUGGGAAAGUAGACCCUGUCUUAAUUGUGGGUGCUGGACUCUCAGCAGCUGACGCAGUACUCUGUGCGUACAAUAAUAACAUCCCUGUAAUUCAUGUGUUUCGUAGAAGGGUUACUGAUCCAAGUUUAAUUUUCAAACAGCUGCCCAAACAACUUUAUCCUGAAUACCAUAAGGUCUAUCAUAUGAUGUGUACUCAGUCACAUGCUGUGGACUCUAAUCUGCAUUCUGCUUACACCAGUUUUCCUGAGCACCGUGUACUUUCCUUCAAGCCAGACAUGAAAUGUGUCCUACAGAGUGCCUCUGGAUUGAAGAAAAUCUUCAAGUUCUCCGUAGCCUUAGUACUGAUAGGUUCUCACCCUAAUUUGUUCUUUCUAAAGGACCACGGUCAGGGGAUAGGUCAUAACCCAAACCAGCCAAUCACAUGCAAGGGUAAUCCUAUUGAGAUUGAUCCAUAUACUUACGAGUGCACUAAGGAAGCCAGUCUUUUUGCAUUAGGCCCGCUGGUUGGAGACAAUUUUGUACGGUUUUUAAAAGGAGGUGCACUGAGCAUUGCACGAUGUUUGGCUACAAGACAAAAGAAGAAACAUCAACUAAUUGUUGAAAGAGGCGGGGGUGGGGAUGGUGUCCCGUAAAACAUGCAGUCAUAUAAACUUUCAUAUAUGGAAUUAAAGGCGUACUCUAACAAGCAACUCAUUGACAGCUAAAUUCAUUAGUAGCCUCUUCUUUGUCAUAUAUACAAGUCACGCUUGUAUUGCCUGGUAGGGGAUGCUGAUGCUACACUACUUCUCUCUUUUCAAAAGACAGAAGUGUGGUCUGCUGUUUUAAGUGCUCUGUCCCACAAUUGGAAUUUCUUCCAGACAGACAGCAAAUGAGACUAACUUACAGUGACUUGCCUGUGGUCUCUUGCUCAAACGAAAGAGCACACUUACUCUCUGGAAAGAGAAUGUCUUGCCCGAGCACUGGUUUUUAUUCUGAGUGUUUCACCACACAAAAUAUACUUAUCUUUAAAGUAUAAAUGUAAGUUAAGUUGUCAGAGCAGAAAGCUUUCCUUGUGAUGAUCUUUGGUCUCAAAGCAAAUGUGUGUAUUUUGAACAAGGAUUAUAUUUAUUUUGCCAUAGUAAUACUGGCAUUUGUAUAUAUGUUUAUUUAUCCCAUAGCAAAACACUCUUUACAAUAAACAAAGAGGAUUUCUAUAAGCAGAAAAAAAUUGGCUUAACAGUUAAACCAGAUCCAUCAUUAUUUGGUACCGGGAUAAAAGAGAGAACAGCAUUCCUAUAAGCAUAGCUGCUAAUUUGACAAUCCACUAAUGUUUUUGUCAAGCGUAUGCUUCCACUUUCAUAAGUGCAUAAGGACCAUAAUAUAGAGAUUUUAUAGAGAUCUGUUCUCUAUUACACUGCUAUGUAACUUUCCAAGAAUAUUCUGGUUUACAGUAAAAUAAUAAAGUGCUGAUGUAAGUGCUCUUACGACAGUGUCAAUAUAGUGAAUACCUAAUGUACUUUUGAAAAAAAAAUCUGUUUGAAAAGGAAAUAUUGUUGAGAAGUAACUGUAAAACUUGUAAACAAUUUCUCACAAUACCACUAAAGAAGACUGGAUGGGAUCUCUUAUCUGGUGGAGAUAGGGAGGAGACACUCCCAUCUUCCCUUAUUAAGUUCAAGCACUGGCUCCUGCUCUUUUCUAAGGUAAUGCUUAACGUUACAACUAGGAUGUCUCUAACCACUUUUUUAAAAGCCAUGGUCUAACACUGUCACCAUACAAAAUGACUGACCCUGUAUAAAAUGUUUUUGUAAAACCAUCAUUCUCUGCUUAUGAGAGUGACAAGGAUGCAAACUGAAGAUUGUAAAUUGGCACGUACUAAAUUUCACACCUCUGGUCUCUAAGGUGACACCUAGAGUCUCAAGCCCAAGUAUUUAGAUAAAUAAACUACUAUAGACACUACCCAGUGUUAUUCAUUGUAGCUGGAGCAAACAAUAAUUUGAAAGUUUUUAAAUAAUUUUCAGAACUAGUUUUAAGUACUCAUGUGUACCCCCUUUGGAUAGAUGUUCAGUUUUAGUUUAAUCUAUUACUAGGCACUUUAACUUAAAUCUAAUGUGAUAGAAGACAUGCUGUCUAAUUCAGUUCAUUUAAUGUCUGCUCUUAAGUCUGCUGUGGAGUAUAUAAUGGUAGUUGUGUACCUAAAGGCCUUUUUAAUCCACUAAUAAAAUGAAGCUCAAACCCCCAAAAGAUCACAAUGAUGGACAAGAUAUAAGAACCUGAACAGAAUACAGAAAAGAGCCUUGAUAACUUAUACUUAGAGACUGUGCAUAAUUGGUGAUAUACAUAUUCUGUUAUCUCCGGGGUAGGCAACCUAUGGCACAUGUGCUGACGGCGGCACGUGAGCUGAUUUUCAGUGGCACUCACACUGCC